AUGGCCGGUAACGCCAUGCGCGAGUACCUGAACCUACUGGUCGACGAGAGCGUGGCUGCCACCAAGAACCAGACGUGCAACAUUGCUUUCGUGAAGACGCACAAGACGGCGUCGACCACCGCGGCCACCCUCUUGUACCGCUACGGCAAGCGCCACGAUCUCAACGUCGCCCACUUCCACGGCCACCAGUCCUCCAUCGAGCUGCCAGAGGCCAUCGAGGAUUCCGGCAAGCCCGUGGACCUGAUGCACUACCACCACGCGUGGGACGGCUUCUACGAGGGGGGAUGGGCCGAGGCGAAGGCCGCCUACAAGAAGAUCAUGCGGGACCCCACGAAAGUGAACCUCGUCACGGUCAUGCGGGAGCCGGUGGCGCACUACAUGAGCUACUACUACUACUUCCUGCAGCCGGAGACAGGGCUUUCGAUCGCGGAAUACUUCGAGCUGUCGGCGAAGCCCGGUGACCCCCGGUACCGCGGCGUAUUCCAGCGGCGGCGGGCCGGGAAGGCCGGGUGGCACGGCUUCAAGCUGCUGCACAACCCGCUCUGCGCCGAGUUCGGCAUCAGGACCGCUACCGAGCUCGAGAGCUUCAUAAGAGACGACCUCCAGGGCUUUGCCAUGGUGUUGCUCACCGAGCACUUCGAGGAAGGGCUGGCCGUUUUCAUGCGCAUGUUCAACUGGAGGCCGAUCGACAUGACCUUCUGCAGGGUGAUCGAGACCAAGGCGGGGGUUUCCCGGUACGACGGGAAAAAGCUCACCAACGUGCCCAAGACUCGCGACCUCCCGCCAGAGGUGCUGGCUCAGAUAAAGCAACAGACGCAAUUGGACCAAGCUCUCUACAAAGCCGCCGUCAAAGUCUACCUACAGAAACGUGCGGAGUACCAAGACAGUCUGGAGGUGGACGUGCGGAGCAUUCGGACGGUGCAGAGCGCCGUUCAUGGAUACCUCGAGUUCAACGCCAAGAGCCCGGCUCAUAAGUGGUAUGAGGGCGACGUGAAGUGCUUCGCCAAUCCUUCACCGGUGCAACCGUUCUGA